GGAACUGAUCUACCAGAAUUUCAAGAAGAAGAAUCGGGUCCAGUGAAGGAUGUAGGGCUUAAAGGGGAGGUGAUCACUGGAGAAGAGAGUGAGAAAGAGAACGACUUGAUAAGAUACAGUAAUUACAUGUCGGGUGCAGGGUCCACCUUUGGAGGUUUUAUGGCUGAGCUUCCUGGAGACAUCGGGGAUAUAACGGACGGUAGGAACAUAAUUAAUAAACAUUUGAUGCAAUUAUUACACUAGUCGACUCCGCAAUUUAGCCACAACCUGCACUCAUGUAGAAUGGAAGCCAUGGACAGCUAUUUCGUCGUAGCAUGGUUUAUUAGAAACCUUUAGGUUAGCACUGUUACCUUUAGUGAAGGAGGUUACACCCUCUCCUGAUCCCAAAAUGAGGAAACUUCCAACAUUUGAUAACUUGUUUCCGCCACUUCGACAUUCUCGCUAAAACUGGUAGUAGAGUGACGACGGCUACCACGUUUUCCCGCCAAAAUGACGCUGGUUCACCCGCGAGCACUACUUAGUACUGAGAAAAUCUCGUAGUCGUACUUGUCUUAGGGUGCAUUCACACUAGGUGCCCGGGCGCUGGUGCCCGAGUACGAUACUCGCUGGGCACUAAUGUGAACAAUCCUUUUUUAAAGUGCCUGCGCUAGAAUUCGGGCACGGUGCCGGUGCCCGAGUCGAGACCUUGUACUCGGGCACUAAAGUGGGCACCGGUUCCCUGUGUGCACGUGUUUUCCUUAGUUUCCGAGGAGUUUUACCCACAGUCAACUUCUUCGCUCCUUUUGCAAAAAUGGCGUCUGCUGACGGAGCAAAGUGGACGAAAGACAACUUGGGUUCCCAGAGUGUGGAUAAAGCACUAUUUUGUACCAUGCCCGGGAACUAGUGCCCUGACACUAAGUGUGAACACACCCUUAGAAUCUAAAGGUCUUUAUUGUAGUCAGGCGAUAAGGUCUCAUAUAAAAGCAUCGACCCAUCGUGCUUCGUCUGAAAAAAAUAAAUGCGUAAAGGAUUGCUUUGAUGACGAAAAGUUUUUGUUAUAAAUACUUGAAACGGUUGAAUGAUACGGAGCGUUUAUUUUUUCGAAUACUCAAAAUUGUAGGUUCUGUGUUGGAAUCCUGUAGAGUGUCUGACUAAAACAAUAACAAUACUCGCCCUCGUUUUUUUCACGAGAAACAGUGUUUGUCUCCCGGAAUAGAUAAUGCCCAAGGACAAGCAUCAGUGCCUAUUUUUGAAAUCAGAUGAAGACUAUCGUCUGAGGGUGUUUUUGAAUAGGGAUAUAAAUUCCUCUAAAUUUCUUUUUCUUGAUGCCUUUUUCUCUUAAUUUUUAAUUUUUAUCUUUUAAAUUAGUUUCAACUCAAUUAAAAAUAAAGUAUGUUUAUGUCUAUUUUUUCCGCAAUUGAAAGGACACUCAUUUUGGGAGACAUUUCCUUUUUAAAAGCCGUCUGUCAGCUAAUAUUUUUUGUCCAUUAACAAUGUUCUCUUAUUUUCAAUCAGAAGUCCAUUAAUUUAGUACUCGUAAUUUUUAUAUUUUGCCUUUCUAGGAACAAUAAAAAGCUUAAAUUACAAAUACGAUGCGUUAAAGUACAAACUAAAGAAGGGAAUUACAGUCGAUGUCCUCAGGCAAGAAAACUUUGACAAAAUGGUAAAAUCUAACAUACAACCUGAAGUACAGUUUCGAGUUGACAGAACCGGCGUGAAGAAUCUCCAAGACAUGGUUGUGUCAGAAUCAUUUGACAAAAUCAAAGGUCUUCAGGGCGUUGGUGACGAGCAAAGAUUGUCUCAGCAGAACUUCAAUAGUCAAAAGAAAUUGGCACAGCAGAAGGGAAGGAUUAAGUCAAAAAAGGUAGCUGGUAAGAUCUUAGGUAAGGUUGGCAACGGUGUUGAGAAGUUGAGUACUGCUUUCGAUAUUGCUCAGGGAGGAGUUGAUACUGCAGCUGGAAGCGAUAUGAUAAAGAAAGCUCGCGAGUUAAGAUCCGAGGGUCACAUUUCAGAGGGUGAAUAUAAUGAAAUGAUUAGAAAUGGUCGACUUCGAGUUGCGCAAGGAAGCUUUGGUCUCGCCAAUGGAAUGCAAAAUGUCGUAAAAUUUGUUGGAAAAAGAGUGGAAAAAAACAUUUUGAAAAAAGCCGGCACGGCCGGAGGAAAGUUACUGAAGCAAACCAAGCGUUUCGCGUCUUUUAUUGGCGGUGCGAUUUCAGUUGGUACGAGUGUUGUGUCUAUGGCAAAGAACGCAAUCGCCGCAAGUGACGCUGCUAAGCAAGGUAUUGUAGGUAAAGCUGUCAUUUAUGGUGUGAUGGCUGCUGUUGAUGGGAUUACUGCUAUUCUGGAUGGAGUAAGCGUGGCUUUAGACUUUGUUUUCCCGCCCCUGUCACCAAUUAUAGAUCUUGUUAGUACGAUUUUGCAAGUCAUAAAUACAAUUCUGGGUUUCUUUGCUGAUUUGAUCGACUUCAGAACAACUGCGCAACGCGUACAUGAUGAAUUUGAAACAUAUAUAAACUCUGAAGCAUUUAAAACUUAUGUAAACAAUAUGGCAGAGGGAUAUAAGAACCGAGGAUUUGACAUCUUCAAGUACUAUGUAGACGCAGUUGUGUUACGAAUAGAAGCUGACAAGGAAACAUUACAGGCUGAAAGGAAGACUAUUACGAAGUGUCUAACAGAGAAAGCGAGGGAGGAUUUUGAGAAUAAGCAGUUACGAGUAGCCUUGGUAGACGCAACAUCUUUUGGUAAAACGCUCAAGGGGCGGGCAAAUGAUGAUGAGAUUGUGGCUGGUUUUGGUCCAGAUCGUAUUUAUGGUGAAGAAGGUGAUGACAUAUUAUUUGGACGAGGCGGAAGUGACACCAUAUAUGGUGGUCCAGGAAAUGAUUACCUCAAUGGUGGAACAGGUAGGGACACUCUCUUUGGAGGGGAAGGUGACGAUUUUCUUGUCUGUGAGCCUGGUGUUGAUAGGCGAUGCGAAGGGGAAGAGGGAUAUGACACUUUAGCCUUAUCUGGAGAGUCUUUAAGAUUCAAGGAAAGCCUAUGGAAUAGACGCUAUAUUACCAUGGGGCCAGUGUGGGAAUCCAUGUAUCAAAGGAAUCCUAGAAAAUCACCAGUAAAAGGAAUUUAUCUGGAUAGAAGCGGCUCAAAUGCCAAAAAAGGGCGAACAGGCAUUAAUUUGGGGUCUUGCUUUCCGGGAUGGCCGGACGGUUUCAACCAAGUCAUUCAUACGCCAGCAUUUCUUUCUUCAAGCAGCCUGGAGCAGAGUCUAGUAAACUUUUUCAACCGCAAGAACCCUGUAACUCUCAGCAACGCAGAGGAAUUAAAAAGCACAAUUCUGUGGUUUCUGGCAGAAAAAAGUGGCUUGAAGUACUUCUGUGACGGAAUAUCAUUGUAUGCAGUCUCUACGUCCUCGACCCGAGUCGCCAGAAAUGCCACUAAUAGCAUUUCUCCGAGCUCUGCUGUCUACAGGGAUGGACAUCUUCAGUACUCUGGAAACAAGGAAUUAGAAGCACUUUUGGCAUUUGCUUUUCGACGAAGUUUCGAAUUCGAUGAGUUUGAAAAAAUAGCUGCUGCACAACCAGAUAGGUUAGAUAUCUUGUCUGACUAUAUUCCAACAACUAUUAUCGGUAGUGAUGAACACAAUGUUAUCGAUGUGUCCUAUGGCCUUGGUGAUGUGGUGUAUACUGGUGAUGGCAACAACGUUAUUUCUAUUGGAUCGACUAUAAACAAUUAUAAGGUUACGGAGGACUCGGAACGAGUAACCUUUGGUUUCUACAACUGGGCCAAAUACAUUGUUGGCGGAAGUGGAGAAAAUACCCUUGUUAUCCAAUAUAAGUCUCUUCCUGCAGGAGGCUCUACCCCAAAUGCUUACUAUGGUCGAUGGCAGCUUAGAAACAUCGACAACCCAGUUAGGACGGGUGACUUUCCAAAGUAUUAUCGUCAUGUUGUUUACUUGAAGAACAUACCAACUAUUGAAGUACGUCAACCCGAAGCUCGUCGGAACUACCAUCAAAAGAUCAGUAUAGAUGCUAGAUACUAUGAUGGCGCGAGGAGGUACAUUCUGAACCAUGCAGAUUUUUUCUGCGGUCCUCUUUCAACUGAGAAAGACGUAAUGGUAUUGCCGAGGAGACUCAUUAACGGAUAUCGAAGGUCUUCUAUCAGAUUUGGUGAAGGAACGAAAAACACGAUAUCCUUUAAGUAUUAUGAAGACGAAAGAUACCAAAUUGACACUAUUAAUAUAUACCAAAAGUAUAAAUACGACGAAGGGCAUAUAACUUUCAGACCACAGUUUGGACGUCUAUCGCUGGUACAUGCAAUGAAUGUGGUCAGCUUCUCAUCGUGCAAAAAUAUUAUUGGAAACGACAAAGAAAACCUUUUGAUCGCUGUAGGCGGAGAAACAACUGUUGACGCGAAAGAUGGAGAUGACACCCUCGUGAGUACCCGCGGUAGACAUGAGUUGAUUGGUGGUCCAGGAACUGACACAUACGUUCUCCAUGGCCCUGAGGUAGUCGAUUACUUGACAAUUUCCGUGGUAAUGGGUGCUGACGGUAACACCAUCCGUUGUAAAACAACUAUUUAUGGAAAAUGGAUGGAGACAGACGGAAGACUUGAAAUUGACAUUUUAAAACAUGAUCAUGCAGAUGUUCUUUUGAGCACGGUUGAGAUUAUUCCAGCCGAAGAUGACGCGGGAAAGAACUUGGGAACCAUUUCUAAGGAUCAUUCCAACAGGAAGAUCAUCUAUCAACCUGGAUCAAAUUUUAAUUCCUUGAAGAGGAAUCAAGCCAAAGUAUUGAGAGUAAGCUACACAACAACGGGGAGCAUAGCAACAAUCAACGAAGGGGAUGAUGGAAAUCAACUACGUUUUGAGUCCAUAAGGAGUCUUGACCAUUUAGCAGCAAGUAUUGAAGAUGAUAAACUGGUAUUCAAGGAUAAGUCGAAUCCUCCACGAACUGUCUUUAUUGACAAUGAAUGGGGCAAUAAACUCAAGAGCGGAAUAUCAACAAAUUUGUUUGAUCUCAUUAUAGACUUUGCCCAACGCUUCCCAUUAAUGCUCUUUCGAAAAAAUGACCAAGAAUUUAAUCGAGCAACGGCAAAACAGACAAUAACUUUCCUGUACGAACAACUGAAACACCUUGAAAUUGCCCUUGGACAAGAGCUCGACACAAUCCUUGAUUCUACAUCCCUUCCUUCUACUGUUGGCAACGAAAUUGACGUUGGAAAUGGCCAGAAUAUUGUCCUUGCAAAAACAAGAGGAAAGACCUACAAGCUUGGUAGGAAAUCAUCUGGAAGCAUCAUCGUAGCUAAUAAAUUUACACAAGGCACAGGAAAGGUAACCAUUACAGGCGGAGACGACCAUAACAGUCUCAAUGCAGUCGUUGUUGGUGUUGGAUCUGGUGGAGUGGUAGAGAUUUUUCCCAUGGGACCACAUGAUGUGAUCGUCACUGAUGCUCUCCCGAACGAAGUUCAGUUCUACCGUGACAGUGAUGAUAAAACUUGUCUUAAAGAUUCCCAGCAGCGAGAUUUGAUCAAAGGAUGGUCCACUGGCAACUGCAAAAGGUUGAUUUUCAAGAAAUCGGAAAACACUCAGAUCAUUGUCAAUUGUCAGGAAUACAUACGAGGUAGAAUCUACUCCUUUGUUCAGGAGUAUCCCAUCAUCGUCUCAUAUGGUGCAGAUAAGCAGCUCAAACUUAACUUGCCAUUCAAGAAAGCCGAUGCCACAAUUGAUUUCCAUUAUCCGUACAACCCGCGCGGGAAAUUUCUUUGGGUGUUCUUUACAGAACCCUAUCCACCAAUCAGUUCUAGUGCCGUGCGGCAGCCAUACUUGCUUAUUCCAGCAGGCUACACCCGUCCAACGAGAUUAGAUGCUCAUAUGCUGGCCAACGCUAUUCGCUUCCAGUUUAAGGCUGGUAUCCAAUUCAGUGACGAGCUGGUAAAGGAUGACGCGAUCUGUCCAUUUGUCAUCGAAAAGUUUAAGAGUUCUCCCCCUCGUGGAUAUGAAUUGACAAAUCUGGAUAAAGAAUGCUGA